GUUGGAGAAGAGGAUACUCACCUGUUGUACGGCAGCGGUCUUUUCCCAGUUCUUCCUCCUUCCUUCUUUUUAUUAUUAUUAUUAUUUUUUUUAUUAUUAAUUUGCUUGUUUUCUUCGCUGAGAGAGCUCGGAGUGUUUGCUUUCAGGAUGACGGACACUCUUUUACCAAACGGGAUUAAAGACAGCAGAGGGGACAGUAGCUAUUUCAGAAAGGGCUGCAACCCGUUCGCACAGACUGGACGAAGUAAACUGCAGAACAAGCGAGCCAGUCUGAACCAGCAGAUCAUCAAACAGAUGAGGAUGAGGGCUGGAGCUGAGAAUCUGCUGAAGGCUACAUCCAACAAUAAGGUUAAAGAGAUGGUACUUUUGGAGUUGAGCUACGUUAACUCCAACCUGCAGCUGCUGAUGGGACAGCUGGAAGGACUCAACAGCUCAGUGGAGGUCUACCAGAGCACACAAGAAACGGCCAACAUUCCCCUCAUUGCUCUGGGUCUAAAGGAGACAAAAGAAGUGGACUUCUCUACUCCUUUUAAGGACUUUAUUUUGGAGCACUACAGUGAAGACGGGAGCAGUUUUGAAGAUGAAAUUGCUGACUUGAUGGACCUGCGACAGGCAUGCAGAACGCCGAGUCGAAACGAGAAUGGGGUGGAGCUCCUUGCAAAAUAUUACAGCCAUCUUCCUCUGAUAGAGAGCCGAUUCUUCUCCCCGACCCGCCACACUGGCAUCUUCUUCACUUGGUAUGAUUCCUUCACAGGAGUGCCAUUAUGCCAGCAGAACCUGUCUCUAGAGAAGGCAAGCAUCCUCUUCAACAUGGCUGCCCUCUACUCCCAGAUCGGUACCCGCAGUGACAGACAGACGAUAGUCGGCCUGGAAGAGGCCAUCUCCUCCUUUCAGAAAGCUGCUGGUAUCCUGAACCACCUUAAAGAGACUUUCACGCACACUCCCAGCUACGACAUGAGUCCGGCUAUGAUCAGCAUGCUGAUUCGACUGAUGCUCUCUCAAGCUCAAGAGUGCCUGUUUGAGAAGACUGCAUUGCCAGGGAUCCGAAACCAGUUCGAGUCUUUAUUGAAAAUGGCCCAAGAGGCUGCAAAGGUCUCAGAAAUCUAUGACCAAGUCCACCAGUCUAUGAUCCAGACCCCUAUCAAAGACAAUGUCCCGCUGUUUUGGUCCACCAUGUCACAAGUCAAAACCAACCACUACCGCUCCAUGGCACAUUACUUUGUAGCCUCAGCACUGCUGGACCAUGAGUUGGGUCCAAAUGAUGACGAGGACCAGCAGGAGAAAACAUUAUCACAGGUGUAUGAUCAGGUUCCUGAGGGACGCUCUCCUCUGGACAUCCUGAAGAAGAAAGAUGAACGUGAACGCAUUGGUAAGGCUCACAUCCGUCGGGCCAUCGUCGGUCACGAGGAAGCUCUGAGGAUUUAUGGUCUGUGCCACCACUUGAACAAGCUGGAAAUCCUGCAGGACAUCUUGAAAGCCAGCCAUCAGCGCUCACUCCACAAGUACAGUGAGGUUGAAAAUGAGGAAGAGUUCACAGACUACAUGGAGGCUCCAGACAUCAUCUCUAAAACAGAGCACAAAGCAGAGAUGGAGGUUCCCGCCACUACAAAGGUGAAAGUCAUCGACUUUUUCCAGAGGCUGGGCCCUCUGUCAGUCUUCUCAGCCAAGCAGAGGUGGACUGCUCCACGGGCAGUGCGACUUUGCCCACAGGACAGAGACCUGGGUUUUACCUUGAAAGGAGAAUCCCCGGUCCAGGUGGUUUCAUUGGACCCCCUGUGUCCAGCUGCUGCUGAUGGUCUAAAAGAAGGUGAUUACAUUGUUGCUGUGGGCGACAGCGACUGCAAAUGGAUGGGUGUUAGCGAGGUGAUGCGGUUGCUGAAGGAUGUGAAUAAAGAGGGGAUUGAUAUCCAGGUGGUCAGCAUCAUGGAUAGCAACCCACCCAUGCCAACCAAGAGUGCCACCUUCUGUGGAAACUUGCCUAAGACCUACUCCAUGAUUUGUCUGGCCCAUAAUGAUGAAGACAAAAAUCUCAAAUCUCGCAAAGUAACCAAGAAGUCAUCAUUCCUAAGCUGGGGUCUGAAGAACAAGAUGAAGAGUGCCAGCACCCUCAGCCUUCCUACAGCAGACCAUUCUGGCACUCUGCCCUGGAAUAAACCCUGUCCCACCUUCCCCAGCUCCAGUUCCUACAAUGACAGUGCCCUCUACUGACCUACCUGCAGGCUGUUCAUGUCUGCAGAUAUUGUGCAGUGUGCAAACUGAGCCUUGUAUGGCUUUUUACAGUACUUUGCUGUACACCUAUACUGGACCUGCUAUGGUACUGUGUCAGCCCCCUUUGGUGUUUCCACUGGAAUAAUUUGGAGUAGCGUAUGUAGCUCAAAUUCACCAGCACAACAGUGACAUUGUUGCCAGCUACUAUGAAAAGUGGCUGAUCCAAAUACUGCACAUGGGAGCCCAUGCUGUUACAUAGGCUCUUCAAAUAAGCUGAACACCAAGCACAAUGGGGAGAUCAUUCUGGGCCGUGCCAGUAUGUGUACAGCACAGUACAACUACAACAUGGGAAAACAUACCAGUUAUCAUUCCUCUCUAUUUACAGUAUCUCACAGAAGUACAUCCUUCUCAUUUUGCUAAUAUUUCAUUAUAUCUUUUCAUGGGAUAACACUAUAGAAAUUAAACUUUGACAUACAGAAUAUCAGUUUAGUUUUUAUAGUUUGGUGUUCUGUAUAUCAAAGUUUCAUUUCUAUAGUGAAAAGACAUAAUAAAAUAUUUGCAAAAAUGUGAGGGGUGUACUCACUUCUAUGAGAUAUAUGUAAAUAUGCUCACAGCACUGAGACAGCAUUCUGAGUUACACUAUCAUCUAAGUAUUUAUUCCUAAGAGAGAGAGAAAAAACGAAAAGUUCCAGAUGAAUUGAGAAAAGAAAAUAAAGUUUAGCGAACACGCCCAGUGUCAGUUUCUAUCUGACUGCAAGGCGGUGAUUUUACUGUGGUGCUAGCGACCCUUCAUUAGCUCCACUGUGGAUUGAAUUAGCUGUGAGCAGCAGUUACAUCCUGUGUUCAUCCCUGUUUCAUGCUGUAUUUUUCAAUGCUUCUGUCAUGGCCGCAACGUUUGUUGCUGGUGUUAAAGUCAUGUAAAUUCUAACUAGAUAUUUACAUUUAACAAAUGUUAUGUCAGAAUGCUAAACAGUGAUUGAGGGAAAACAAAUUGUGCUGUGAAGUAGUUUUUUUUUUUUUUUUUUUUCGGGGAGUUGUAGAAUAUAAUGUGCUGUAAGCUGCUAAACAUCAUAUAUACUUCAGUUAUCUGUUAUUGUUACUUUGUAUUUGUGAGACAGCAUUUGAGGAGUGCCUCAGCUGAGUGCCAUGCCUGGGACAUUGUGUAAAUAUAAAUACUGGUGUUUAAUGUUGCUUAAUGUGCCAGCCAGCAUGCCUCCACGUCCCUGAUAGGCUGGGAUGAAUCAUUUACCUUGCUGAUAUAUUUUUCCCACAUCUGACCUGUUUGUCCAUUUGUAAGAAGAGUGGGAGCUGUGCAUCUGUACUAAUGUGAAUCUUUGAUGUAGUCUAAGCUUAUUUUUCAUUAGAAGGGAAGAAUGUGGGCAAACUGAUGACAUCUGUGGAUCACUCUUGGACAACCAACAGUGACGUUAAUUAUUGCUCACAAUCUGGUUUUUACUGUUUUUCUCUACUCGUCUUAAUCCUGAUCACACCCCACAAAUUUUACUGACACUCUGCUGUGUUGGACUAUCUCUUUAUCUACAAAGUAGAUUAUUAUACACAUUUGAUAAUCAAAUUAUUUAUGUUAUUGAAAAAAAAAACAAAAAAAAUGCUUGGAAGUUUUAGGUUUUAGUUUUAUU